AUGCGACUUGAGGUGAUACCGCUCAUUGUGACUCCUUCAGCGUCAUCGGUUGUAAAUGGAACCAUUCGACUCGAUGGUAGAUUGCGAUUGAAAGUAAGAAAGAGUCGGUCUGAAAUAUUAGGCAAUCCAGAUGUUCUCCCGGACUCCAUCCCGAACAGCAAGUCCCUUGUGCCCUGCAAUAUUGGCAACGAGAGCUCCUCAAAGGGCUUCUUCAAUGCUGCACACGGAUCCUUUCGUUGUCCUGCUGGAUAUAUUUGCAAAGGCUACUGGGAGGGUCCCAAUUUCGGCAUCACCAGCUUUGACAACAUCGGCUAUGCCAUGCUGACCGUCUUUCAAUGCAUCACCAUGGAAGGCUGGACAGACAUUAUGUACAUGACUUUCGACGCUGUUGGCGACAGGUUCAGCGCCUUCUAUUUCAGCCCUCUUAUUAUCCUCGGUUCCUUCUUCAUGCUCAAUCUGAUUCUCGGUGUUCUCAGUGGAGAAUUCGCAAAAGAGAAGGAAAGAGUGGAAAAACGGAGGGCAUUUCUGAAGCUCCGAAGGCAGCAGCAGACAGAAAAAGAGUUUGGAGGUUACAUGGACUGGAUUCAACAUGCAGGUUAG